CGGUAAUUUACCCAUAAAUUAAUACAACUGAUGAGAUCUAAACAUUAUAAAACAUGUCCAAAAUCUUGAUACACAAUCCAAGCUAUAUCUGUUUUGACUUCCCUUUAAAGCAAACCCCCUUUUUAUACCAAACCCCUCUUAAAUUAGAAGUGUCCUCUAAUUAAUUUCUGCACACCAAAAAAUAAUAAUUCACAAAUUCUUGAUGAAGAAUUAUCAGAAAAUUCAAUGGCGCAUGUUAGCACUCCUUCUCGUAUUGGGUUCAAUGAUUCUAGUUAUAGUAGAAGCAAUGCCUCCACCGAACCCGGUUCAGUGCACCCAAACCGGCUGCACGCUUUCCAACUCCUACGGCGUCUGGAGUGACCGGAAAGACUGCCACGUCACCUCCGCCGUAUAUCCCACAUCCGAGGAGGAGCUCCGGUCGGCAGUCGCCGAUGCCAACAGGAGGAAGCUUAAAGUGAAAGUCGUCUCCAGAUUCUCCCACACCAUUCCGAAGCUGGCUUGCCCGUCGCCGGGGAGUACAAUGCUGAUAAGCACGGAGAGGUACAACACCGGGAUCGAAGUCGACGUGGCGAAUCUGGCGGUGACGGCGGACGCCGGAGUCGGGCUGCGGGAGCUGAUCGACAGGGUGGAGGAGGAGGGGCUGAGCCUGGUGGCGGCGCCGUACUGGGAGGGCGUCAGCGUCGGAGGGGUGAUAAGCACCGGCGCACACGGCAGCUCGUGGUGGGGAAGAGGCGGCGCAGUCCACGACCACGUGAUUGGGGUGAGGCUAGUAGUUCCGGCGAAGGAAUCACAAGGGUUUGCUAGAAUUGUCGAUUUGAAGGGCGGAGAUCCGCUGCUGAACGCCGCCAAGGUUUCCCUGGGAAUGCUCGGCGCCAUUUCUAAGGUAACAUUGUUGUUGGAAAGAGGAUUCAAGAGGAGCAUAAGGUAUAAUUUUACAAGUGAUGUUGGAAUUGAGGAUGAAUUUAUGGAUCAUGCUCAAAAACAUGAGUUUGGAGAUAUACAGUGGUACCCAUCGUUGCAUACAGCCGUUUACAGAUACGAUGAUCGAGUUCCGGUCAACGCCACCGGAGACGGAGUCAACGACUUUCUUGGCUUUCAAUCCAACCUUGCUAUCAUAUCCAAAUCAGUUCGAGCUUCAGAAAAAGCGGUUGAGAAAGCAAGAAACGUAAACGGCAAAUGCAUACUAGCAUCUUCUUUCUUAUCCUACAAGAAAUUAACGGCCAACGGUUUAAAAAACAGCAACAACCUUAAAAUCUUCACCGGAUAUCCGGUCAUCGGCCGUCAGGGCAAAAUGCAGACCUCCGGCUCAUGCCUCUACUCCCCGCAAUCAAACACGGCCACCUCGUGCGCGUGGGACCCGCGCAUCAACGGCCUCUUCUUCUUCGAAUCCACCGCCAUCUUUCCCGCCAAAAAAUUCCCCGACUUCGUACACGACGUGAGAAAACUCCGGGACAUUGUAAAGUCCGAGAGCUUCUGUGGGGUCGACAUGUACAACGGCUUUCUAAUACGCUUCGUCGCGAAAUCGGGGGCUUACUUAGGCCAGUCGGAGAAUUCGGUGGUGGUGGAUUUCAACUACUAUCGGGCGGACGAUUCUUCAACGCCGAGAUUGAACGGGGACGUGUGGGAAGAAAUAGAGCAGAUGGCGUUUUUCAAGUACGGGGCGAAGCCGCAUUGGGCGAAGAAUAGGGAUGUUGCGUUCUUCGACGUGCAGAAGAAGUAUGUAGAUUUUGGGAAGUUUGUGGAGGCGAAGAGGUUUCUUGAUCCGACGAAUGUGUUUUCUGGUGAGUUUUCCGAUGGUAUAUUGACCGGAAAAGGGGUGCCGGCCAGUGUGAAGGGAGAUGGGUGUGCUUUGGAAGGGGAGUGUGUUUGCUCUGAGGAUAGGCAUUGUAGCCCUGAAAAUGGGUACUUUUGCAGGAAUGGGAGUGUUUACGGUGAAGCGCGUGUUUGCAGAUACUCUUCUUCUUCCAUUAGUUAAUUUGUGUGUAUAUAUAUUAUAAAUACAAAAUAUGUAUGUACAUUUUUUUUUUCUUUUGCAAGAGAUAUAUCAUUUGGUAAGAACUAAGAUUAAUAUGCAAAUGUG